AUGUCGACCGCCAAAUUCGAUGCAGACGAUCGUAUGGAGGACAUCGCGGAAUUUGCCACCCUGCUCACUGAGCAAGGAAUUGGGCUGACCGAGGACGGUACGCCACCCGAUCUCAACGUCGGUACCGACGAGUUUCCGUACGAGAUCUGGUCACCUUCGAACUUGGAGGAGGACAGGGACAAUGGCGUACUGGAACAUCUCGCACCGCGCCAAACCUCAUACGGCUCAGGCGCUUCAGCAGAAGCACAGCCUUCCGCACUGGACAGCCCCGUUUCCCUUGACUAUUUGACGCUGAGUCUGGACCAGCUUCAGCAGGAGAUCGACUACAUGAGACUCCUGUCACUCGAUGAUCCCGCACGUGUCGCCGCUCUACUGCGCCAACGAUUUCCCUUCGUUGGAGCCAGCCUGAGCCUGCAUGACGGCUCAACCCCUAUCGAUUCUACGGUUCCCCAGCUCAGCGGACACACCCUCGCAGCUGACCACGGACUGCACUGGUCCGGUCACACACAGAUACCACUGCUCGACGAACACAAUUUCAUCACUGCUAUUCCGGCGGCACCAAACGCUGAAAGCCUUUUCAUGGCGCCGGCGAGUUUAGCACAGAUCCCGGCAGAUCUCGCAGGUCCAUCUUCUGGACACCACUGGUCCGUCCCCAAUCCACUGACGAUACCCUCAGACCCUCCCGGCACCAGCGCCCUGACUCCAGAUGAGGGCCAUUGCGCGCAAGCCGAAGCGCAAACUGUCAAGAGGCUGUCGAUCAGCAUGUGGUUCCCCGCCACACCGACAAAGAUCUCCAAACGUCGCUAUCCGAAGAGAGUCAAGAAGAGCGAGCGUACCGCUACCGAACUGGAGGAACUGGCAGCGGCUAAGUCUGACAGGAGCACGGAAAGACAGCAGAAAUCACGCGGUUGCGCUGCCACAAAGUGCACCUUCUACACCGAAGUCAGCUCGCAUGUCGCUGUCGCUGGUCCCGGCGAAGUGAAAUACCGCACGGACAUGGAUCCUGGUUUGCCGAAGCCCGUCGAGAUACCUGGGGUCAGCUGGGUAGGGGUCAGGAUCUCCUUUCCUGCGGAUUGCGAAACUGAGCUCGACACGGCAGAUGUGGCUUCGAGAAACAGCAGGACGACAACAGUGGCGCAGCGGACGCAGCGGGCGAGAGCCUUCUGUAGAGACCUUCAAGACGGGCUGUCUUACGGUCAGUCAGCCAUCGUACGCUACAACCCUAAGCUUGAGUUGGUCGUUGAGCGAAUCCGGUACAAAGCCGCUGAUCAGUCCACGGCGCCUGCAGAUGUGGGGACCGAAGAUGAUGAGGAGAUGUGA